AUGAGCUCCGCGCACAUCAUUUAACGACAUGGGAAAGCCAACUCCAUCGUCAUCUCAUUAUGACUACGAUAUGGAAACGAUUGUGGGUAAUUUGCCUAUGACAAAGCCAGAGGCAGACCCCAAAGUUCUCUCGAGAAGGCUGUCACAACUCCACCAUUCUCCUCCGUCAACCCGUCCAGCUACUUCGGCUACGGAACAACGAGAUGGCUUACUCAGGACAUGGGCCAUGUUGACUCCAUUUGUGUCUCGUGUUGGACACAGUGGUGUUCGCUGUGAUUAGCAUGGGAAGUAAAUAGCCGGCAAGCUCGCACUGGC